AUGAUAAAGGGCAAAAACUACGCCAUCAAGCUCUGCUGUAUAUCCGCCACGGUUAUAGCCGUCAUCACUACCAUAGUUUUAGUGACGCUCGCGUUCACCGUGUUCAAGCGACACGACCCGGACCUCGUCCUCUAUCCCACGGGUUUAGCGAAGCUCCAACUUGACGACUUCAUCACUCAGGACACCAUCACCAGCGAAAUGGUGAUGAGCAUUCGCAACAGAAACCACGGCAGCUUCAAGUUCGAGAACACGACCAGCCACAUAACCUACGACGGGGAGCUCGUUGGAUGGGUUCCGAUCCUGGCCGACACCAUCCCCGAACAAGCGUCCAUGAACAUCACGGCAUACGCGACCCUGCGGGCCAAGAAGCUGAGGGAGAACCCCAAGGCGAUCAACGAUAUCGUUAGCGGCAGUCUGAACCUUACCGCGACGGCGACCAUGCGCGGGAAGAUGUCGAUAAUGGGGAUCAAGAAGAAAGGGUCGGUCUAUACGGAGUGUCACAUGACCAUGUACAUUAGCGAGAUCCCUAUCCGUGGGGAUUCCUGGUGCUGGACUAAGCUCGAGAUAUAA